GUCAGUUUGGGACAAGUGUUGCAAAGAGGAUGCGAUAAUGUGUGUGAUCUUAUUUUUCAUCUCGUGCACGAGUCACGGUGAAAAUAAAUCAAAUAAUAUAUCUUUUAAACCACAAUAAAAAAUCUAAUAAUUAAAUCACAAUUUCAUCUCCCCAACAAAGCUCUUUCCCUCUUUUCAAAAAAACAAAACAAAAAACAAAAAUUCCAAAAAAAUCAACUCCAAAAUUUUGUGUAUAUGUGUUGAGUGUCAAAAAAAUGUGUGUAUAUUUUACAAAGUGCAGUGCCGUGACGUAAUGCAACUAAUAUCCGGUCCAGUGAAAAUAUAAAAAUAAAAAAUAAAAAAAAAUAAUAGUGUUGUUAUUUGUUGUGUGGCAAAAUAUACAUACAUAUGUAUUUAUUUUAUUUAACAUCAUCAUCAUCAUCAACAACAUCAACUAAGAUAAAAAAAAAUUAAAAAAAUAAAAAAUAAAAAAAACAAGUGCUGCGUGGGAGCCUCGGGCGUCUUCGUCGAGGAAAAGCCAAUAAAAAUUUCGAAAAAAAAAAAAACAAAAACAAAUAAAUAUAUUUAUUUAUUUAAUAAUAAAAUAAUAAUAAUAAUAAUUGUUGAUGAUAAAUAAAUAGCUACAAGUGUAGCAUUAAAAUAAAAAAUAAAUUUUGAAAAAUUUAUUGGAUUGGUGUAGACAUCAAGAUGUCGUCGUCAGGUCACGGCAGCAGUAGAAAUCGUACGGUUCAUAUAGGCUCAAUAUUUUCGAAAUUACAAGGACGUUUUUCCGAUGCAAUGACACCACCAAAAUUAUCAACAGACAAACGUAGUCUUGAUAAAACUGGUAAAUUAAUGGAUAAAGUUGUCAAGCUAUGUCAACAUCAACGUAUGAAUCUUAAAAAUUCACCACCAUUUAUACUUGAUAUAUUGCCAGAUACAUAUCAACGUUUACGUGGAAUUUAUCAAAAAUAUGAAGAUCGUUUGCAGGUGUUAUACAGUAUUGAACAUUUUUGUGUAUUUAUUAGUAAUUUAAUACGUAAAUGUAAACAGGCUAUUAAAUUAUUUAAAGAAGGAAAGGAAAAAAUGUUCGAUGAAACAUCACAUUAUCGACGUAAUUUAACUAAAUUGAGUCUUGUAUUUAGUCAUAUGUUGUCGGAACUUAAAGCAAUAUUUCCAAAUGGUAUUUUUGCUGGUGAUCAAUUUCGUAUUACAAAAGCUGAUGCUGCUGAAUUUUGGAAGGAGCGUUUUGGUAACAAUACUUUGGUACCAUGGAAAGUAUUUAGACAAGAGCUUAAUCAUGUUCAUCCAAUAAGUUCUGGUCUUCAAGCAAUGGCCUUGAAAUCAACGAUAGAUCUUACCUGCAAUGAUUACAUAUCGAAUUUCGAAUUUGAUGUAUUUACAAGAUUAUUUCAACCAUGGUCAGCAUUGUUACGUAAUUGGAAAAUUUUAGCUGUAACACAUCCUGGAUAUGUUGCAUUUUUAACAUAUGAUGAAGUUAAAGCAAGAUUACAAAAAUAUUGUAUUUCGAAACCAGGAAGUUAUGUAUUUCGAUUGAGUUGUACGAGACUUGGACAAUGGGCAAUUGGAUAUGUAACAUCAGAGGGUGAUAUUCUUCAAACAAUUCCACACAACAAAAGUUUAUGUCAAGCAUUGUUGGAUGGCUAUCGAGAAGGAUUCUAUUUAUAUCCAGAUGGUAGAGGAUCAAAUCCAGAUUUAACAUCAGCAGUACAACCAACACCAGAGGAACAUAUUAAAGUAACUAUUGAACAGUAUGAAUUGUACUGUGAAAUGGGUAGUACAUUCCAAUUGUGUAAAAUAUGUGCUGAACAUGAUAAAGACGUUAGAAUUGAACCAUGUGGACAUUUAUUAUGUACACCUUGUUUAACAUCCUGGCAGUUCUUUUUUACAAACAAGGAUACCGAUGGUUCGGAUGGGAGAUGCCCAUUUUGUCGUGCUGAUAUCAAAGGAACUGAGCAGAUUGUCGUUGAUCCAUUUGAUCCAAGAAAAACACACAGACCACCUCCACCACAAUCUGAAUCAGCAAGUAAUGAAUCAACACCAACGAGGGACACUGAUCCUGACACCGAGAAUAUCAUGGAAUUGUGGAAUGGAAAUUGUGUAUCAAUGUGUGAAGAUUCAGAUGACGAUGAUGAUGACGUUCGAGAUGACGAUGAAGAUUUAAGUCCAGUUGGUUCACCAGUUCCACCAAGAAGAUUUGUAUCUAGUCCACCAUUACCACCACGUAGAUCAUCACCAACACAAAAUAAUAAUAACAAUAAUAAUCAUCAUCAUUCACGUAAUGGUCGUCAUUUAACAGUGCCAAAAGAAAAUGCUCCACCUCCACCAAAUGUAACUGUAAUAUUAUCAUCAUCAAGUGAUUAUAAUAAAGCAACGACUGAAGCAAGAUAUGAUAUGCUUCAUCGAGCCUCAUCACCAUUACCAGCAUCAGCACCAGUAACAGCACCACCACCAGCUGUUGUACGUCCUCCAGUACGUUCAGCUCAACGUACAUCACAACCACCAGCAUUACCAGAAAAAUUAAAUCGUCAUACGUCAUCUUCACAAUCAACAACAACAACAGCAACAACAGUACCACCAGUACCACCACCAUUGUCAGCACCAAGACCACCUAAAAAUACAAAAGAUAAUAAUACAAAUAAAAAUAAUGAACAUGAUUAUGAAAAUACAAUGACAAUAACUGGUACAAAUAAACAUGUUGUUAAAAAUUUAAAUUUCGAAGCAAAUAGAGCAAAAUUUACAGCAUUAAUGAGAAGUAGAGAAGAACCUGGUGGUUCAUCUCAUAAUAAAAAUGAUGUUGCUGCAUAUGAAAAUGUUAAUGUUGAACAUAUUACUAAAUUAACUGCACUUGGUUUUGCACAAGAUGCUGUUAUUCGUGCACUUGGUAUUACAAGAAAUGAUUUAGAAAUGGCAUGUGAUAUUCUCAAUGAAUUUGCAAUUAAAUCAUCAUGACCAGGCACAAAUGCUGAAGCAUCAUGACCUCCUGUACCUCCUCGACGAUAUCACUAGGAUUAUUAAUAAUAAUUUAAAAUGAAAAUUAAUAAAUUUUAUUAUCGUCAUUAUUUUUGUUUAAGAAAUAUUCAAAAUAAAACAACAAGUACUGAAGAUUGAUGAAUAAUAAUUUUAAAUAAUCAAUCAAAUAAUUUAAAUAUGAUUUUUUGAUAUUAAAACAAAUAAUGGGAUCAGAUAUUCAAUGAUGAAAUCAAAAAGUACCCAAAGCAAUUUUAAAUAUAAUAUCAUUAAUGUAUAAAUUAAUUUAAAUUAAUUAUUAAUAAUAUA